AUGGCUCCACAAGCAGUUGCUCACAGACGGGGCGGCACACACAAAGUCAAGGAUCAGGAUAGAACAGAUUCCAUUUACGACACGUACAACUACAAGGAGCUACUCGACGCGGCCAAAGAGCGAGGAAUCUACCGCAAAGACAUGAAAAAGGGAGAAAUGGCAUGGGCGCUGAAGCGAAAUGACGACGAGAAGAGAAGAGCCCAGCACCAAGCUCGGAUCCAUUAUCAAAAAAGGCAGCAGCAAGCGCGAAAAGAGCAAGAAAAGAAAGAAGCCGAACUCCAAGCCCUCAUCGCCGCCAAACACAAGCGCCGGCUCGAAAGGAUGCAAAAAAGAGACCGCGACGAAAGCGUCAGCGAUGACACGCCCAGCGAAAACGAAGACGAAGCAGAACCCCCCGAAAACGGCAGCGACGUCGUAGGUCAAGCCCUCAGCGACGAAUCCUGGGAUUCUACCUCUACAGAAUCCUCCACCUACUCUACCUCCCACGUCCCUACCCACGACUGCAAACUCCGUCUCUUCGAAUGGCUAUACGACACCCUGCCACGUCCCGACCCUCCUCCCGCAAAAACACUCAUCGACCUCGCCAGACUACCAAACCCAGCACCCGCUCCCGUUCACUACGCCCCCCUCAAACUAACAACCAUGCACACGCGGCAGAAACUCAUCUUACCCGGUUCCAAAUACCCCGCCUCUGUAGCCCCAAACUACGUCCCUAUCCUCCCUCCUGAAACACGUUCUUCAGCACACUCGCAUCAGCAACAGCACCGUCUCCACGGCCUCUUGCGCAACGCAGUCGUAGAAACCGGCGCGUUUUGGGCGUCCAAAACAGUCGUGCAGGGCCGUACCGGCCGCAUGUACUUCCACCUCGGCGCGCGGAACGAGGCUAAAUCCCUCGCGGACACGUAUGCAAAGUGGGCCUUGGAGAACCGUCGACUCCUGCGUGUGGGCGUUGGUGCGGGUCAAGCUGGUGGUGGUAUCGUGGGUAAAGACGAGAGAACGUGGCGGCACGAAGAGAGGCGACGCAAUAAGAUAAGAAAAACUGCAGAGGUGUAUGAGAGUUCCAGGUAUAGGCCUGUUGCCAUGUGUUUUUUACCCGCUUAUUUGGAUUUUGGGGAGCCGAAGACGUCGUCGUGGGUGGGGGAGAGGAGGGGGAGGACGCUGCAGAAUUUGAGGUUUGUGAGGUUUGGGGAGUGUGAUGUGCCGCAUUAUUAUUUUUGGGUUAGGAAGGGUGAGGGGGGGUUGUGA